AUGCAGCGGGGUCAAAAACAGGUGCAGAAUAGGCAUCAGAAGCGAGGAGAACAGCAGGAGGGGCGACAGUGGCAGCAGCAGGGGAAUCUGGAGGGGCAACAACAAAGGCAACUAUGGGGGCAACAGAAGCAGGGGCAAGAUGGGCAGCAGCAAGUGCAACAGUGCCAUCCAGGGCAUCAACAAGAUCAGAAGGAGCAAGUGCAGGUGGGGCAAGUGCAUCAGCAAGAGUCGAAUGGGCAACAGGGCAAACAGUGUCAACAGGGGCAUCAGCACGAGCCAGUGGGGCAACCGUGUAAACAGGGGCAUCAACAAGAGCAGAAAGGGCAUCAGUGGCAACAAGAGCAUCAGUGGAAUAGAAAGGGGCAAGAGCACAAACAGAGGCCAAAAGGGCAGCAAGAGCAGCAACAGGGGCAACAACAGUGGCAGGAAGAGCAACAAUGGAAAAAGCAAGACCAGAAGGGGCAAAAACAGGGGCAAGUGUGGCAUCAGCAAAAGCAGGAAGGGGAACGAUGUUAUCAUAAAGAGCUAGAGGGACAACAGGGGCAUCCGCAAGUGCAGGAUGGGCAACAGUGGCAACAGGAGCAUCAUCAACAGCAGUGUAAACAGGGGUAUCAACAAGAGCAGAAAGAGCAUCAAUGUCAAGAGGAGCAAGUAGGGCAAGAACACAGGAAAGAGGGGCAGCAGGAGCAGCAACAGGGGCAGAAAGGGCAACCGUGGAAAAAGCAAAGUCAGAAGGGGUUAAAACAGGGGCAAGUAGGGCACCAGGGGAGGAAGGGGCAUAAGUACAAGCUCAGGCAACAGGAGCAACAGUGCCCGGAGGGGCAAAUGCAGGAGCAACCGGGGAAACAACUGCAACAGGGGCAUGAGUGGCAGCAGGAACAACACAAGGGGCAGCAGCCUCGUGCCCCGUUGCCCCCCUUGCUGAUGUCCUCCCUCUCCCCGGAGCAGGCCGCGUGCGUGUGCGAGGCGCUGCUCCAGAGCGGUCGCGUGACCCGCCUGGUCAGUUUCGUGCGCGCGCUGCCUCUCCAGCCGCGCGCCCCCGAGAGCGUCCUGAGGGCGCGCGCGCUCGUGGCGUUCCACCAGGCGUGCUACCCCGAGCUCUACGCGCUACUGGAGCGCCACAGCUUCAGUCCCGCGAGCCACCGCACGCUGCAGGACCUGUGGUUCCGCGCGCGCUACCGGGAAGCGGAGAGCGCGCGCGGCCGGCCGCUAGGUGCCGUGGACCGGUUCCGCGUGCGCAGGAGAUUCCCGCCGCCGCGCACCAUCUGGGACGGCGAGCGCACGCUUUACUGCUUCCGCGAGAGAAGCAGGCGCGCGCUGCGGGACGCGUUCGCGUGCAACCGCUACCCGAGCGCGCGCGAGAAGCGAGAGUUGGCGGAGGGCACGGGCCUGAGCGAGACGCAGGUGAGCAACUGGUUCAAGAACAGAAGACAAAGAGAGAGGAGACCCCGCGAGCAGCAGAGCAGGAGUGAGUCUGAUGGUAACCCCUCCAGUGAAGAUGACAGCAGUAAAGGUCCGGAGGGUCUCUCUCCUCUCUCCAGCUCUACAGAACGGACAAUAAACCAUAAGGUCGCAGAGGUCAUCCUUCAGCCACUGGAGGGCAGUAGAACCUCAGAAUCUCCCACUUUGCUCAUCUUCAGGGGAAGUGUGGAUGUCUGUAAUACUAACCACCACAGUUCAGCUUCCACACACAACCAGUCUUCAGGAAACUUCUUCAACGAGCUGGACCUGGAGCUUCAAUCUGAGGCCUGCAGGCCUCGCCCAGACAUCCAGACAGACACUACUAAAGCAGAUGAAGAUCACCCCAGCUUUCACAUCAGUCUGGACGAGCCUAAACUGGACCUGAGCAGAUUAGACUCAGGCCUGAUGGUCCAGACUGAAGCUCCAGGCUCAGGUUUAACCCACAGUCCAGAGUGUUCCUCAGACCAGAGCCAAACUGUAAGCCACAGCCUGGUGCCUGAAGCUGAAAUGGUUGAGGCAAGUGAUGAAACUUCAGUGUUCAAACUUUUAGAUCUGAACCCACCUUCAUCUUCAUCACCUGCUUCAAUUACACAAGGUGCUGUUAGCACAGACGCUAGCCUGACGCCACUGCAGUCCAGAAUUGCCUUGUAUAAACUAAACAGAACUGAAGCACUGACCCCGAUCAAACAAGAAUGUGAGAGUACACUGGGCUACAUGUACACACACCUGAGCUACACACACACACCUUUACCUGUACAGUCAGGAUGCGGGUCAGCUCCUCCACAGCUCAUCACACAGACAGACAUAAAGAAGCUCAGAAAUCAGGACCCCAUCCUGACCCCUGGCCCUAAUAGUUACUUUCUGUGUGCUGUAUCAGAAGAAAGGACGUUGGGGGACACAAUGGGGGACACUCUGAGGGAUGAGUGUGUGCAGGUGGGUGUAGCUCAGGAGGAAACUUACCCGAACCACAACCUGACUGACCUCUGAAGCAUCAAUUGGUUGUUGUAAAUGUUGUAAAUGUUGGAACAUUGCUGUGAGGAGGAUUGGAUUGCUCUCAGCCAUAUGAGAACAGGAGCAUUAGUGAGGUCAGGUGCUGAUGUUGGAUAAUUAUUUCUGCUGCAAUAACAUAUCCCAAAGGUACUGGGUGGAGCCAGUGGGGAUUCUAAAGUCUCUUAGGGCUCAAGGCAAAAAAAUGGUGUCAAGUGUUUUAGGGUGUUAUCACACAAGCACUAUUUGGUCCAGUUAAAAACUGACUGGUGCAGUUAGUAAUCACAUUUAGGUGCAGACCAAACCAACCACACCAAAACUCAAUCUGGUCCCAAGCGAUCCUCGGAACAGCUAGUUUGUGGUGAGAACGUGAUCCGACCUUGAUCUGAACUGACUAUCAAAUAUAGUCGUAGAGCUCCUCAUCAUUUGAGCUAAAUGGCUGUUCAGGUGCAGUUUAAUAAAUUUAUUUCUCAGAUAAUUACUACAGCCAUAAACUAUUGUGAUCCCCUUCUCCAUGCUAAGCUCAUCUAAUUUCACAAUGAACGUGUUAAGUGCACAGCUUGUCGCCCAUGCCCCCGCAAAUCUGUUUGUACUGCUUUGUACUGCUAUUCCCAUUGAAAAAAAAUUGUUCGAAAGUGCAGCAGCAACCGUGGCACCCUGCCACCACCCCUCACCCAUCAACCCCCACCUGAGCCCCACCCACUAGAUCAGUUAAUGAUCUGCCAUGUGGGUCUGCUGUUUUUUUUUUUUUUUAUAAUUUUAUUUCUAAUGUUUCCCAUUUUCUCCCCAAUUUACAUGGCCAAUUACCCAACCCACUCAUUAGGACUCCCCCUAUCACUAGUAAUGCCCCAACACACCAGGAGGGUGAAGACUAACACAUGCUUCCACCAAUACAUGUGAAGCCAGCCAUCGCUUCUUUUGCUUGGAGGAAAGCACAGCGGCUCGGCUCCGGUACAUCAGCUCACAGACGCCCUGUGCUGCAGACAUCACCCUAGGAGUGAUGUGGGGAGAGAGCGCCAUCUACCCACCCAGAGGGAGCAGGGCCACUCUUGCUCCCUCUGAUGCCGGCAGCUUGAUGGCAAAGCUGCAUGAGCAGGGGUUCGAACCUGCAACCUCCCGCUCAUAGUGGCAGCGCCUUACACCGCGGGUCUGCUGGUUUUACCAGCACCAUGCCUUGUCUGAGGGAGGGAUCUGUAUCUGUAUCUAAUGUCUGUGGCAAGUCUGCAGAGAAGGAAGAUGUAGCACUUUCAAAUAAUAAGUUUUGUGCUAAGCUUAUAUGUAACUAGCUUUCUCACGUUUUGCCACUUAACACCAGCUAUCACGUGUAGUAACGCUCAGCUUAAUGAUGGGGCGUGGCCAGCAAUAGCUUAUUUGCAUACAAGUGAGAGAGCCCUUAAAUGGCUGAUUCUGAAAAGGACUGAAACUGACAAAAGUAGAGUUGGUGAGAUCUCUUUAUGUGAUGGUGGUUUGUCGAAGAACUUCAUGAGCAUGUUUUGUUUAGCCCAUAGGCCUAUUCUAAUUUGUAUAAAAGCAGGCACACUGGAACACUGUGUUUACUUUCUUGCUCCUGCCCUAGUCAGCUCUGACCAAUAAGCAGAGAGAACAUGUUCACGUUGUUUGUUGUGACGCAUUUUGUUGCCCUAGUGAUUUCCUUAUGUAAAACCAAACCAACCAAGAGGGAAAAUUCUCCAAGUAAACAAAAUAAAAAAUACAUUCACAUCUGAGAAACUAUGGCGAGGAAUUGGUGCCAAAUUGA